CCAUGUCAAGUUACAAGUUACAACCCAUUCCGAAAUAACUUAUAGUAAAAAGUAAAUAAAAACUAAUAGGGAAGGGGAUAAUUGGAAGGCCUAAUUCCCAAUUAUUAUUUCCCCAAUUCAAUGCUAUUAAUUGAAAAUCUAACAAAAAUCCAGACACCCCUCGGAAUUCUGUCCUUUGGGAGCUCACUGGCACCCACAAAAACACAAAUCCCACAACAAAAAAAUAAAUUUAGAGAGAGAAAAUUAAAAAGUAGAAAUUUAAACUCUUCAAUCUUCAUCAUCUUCUUCAUUUUCCCAUCAAAGAUUAAUCCUUUUUUUGUUUCUGAUUGCUUUUUUUCUAUUUGAGGUCAGCAUGUAUUGUUGUUGUAUUAAUAUAAUUUUAUAUUAAUCAGAGUAAUUAUAUUCCUUAUCAUAAAAUCACAUUACAUUUAGAUUAUAAUACAACCCAAUAUACAUAAGAGUACAAUAUUAAUCAUAUCAUAUAGUACUAUCAAAUUAAAUAAAGACCUUAAUUACUUCAAAAUUACUAGCAAGCCGACCAAUCAAAGGGAGACGAAGGAGAGCUCCAUUGUUGUAUCCAAGCAAGAAAGAUUUGGGCUUUAAAGUCUGAUCUAUUGAAAUACACUGUAAUUGUCCACAGAAUUGGGAUUUUUUGAUUGGGUUUUUUUGUAAAUAGUGGUUUUAAGAUGGAUUUGGAUGAUUUCAGAACAAUUUUAGGUAACUCAGGGGUGGAUAUAUGGGGUCUCAUUGAUACUGCAAUAAAGAUAGCUUCUUUAGAUUAUGGAGAUGAGCUAAGAGUAAAAAGAGAUGGUAUUGUUGAAAAAUUAUACAGAAAUUGUCAUAAUUGUGAGAGAACUAGUAAUGGGUUUGCUCCUAGUUCAGUUGUUGAUGCUGUUUUUGGGAGUGAUAGAGAGGAAAACCAUAAAUCUGAUUCACCUUCGACCCCGGUUUCGAUUGGUGGUGGAGUGGAGAAGGAGGAUGAGCAUGAGGAGGAGAAUGAACAUGUGGCGCCUUCGAGAAGGUUUGUUGAGGAUAAUGAGGUGGAAGAUGAAGAUGAGGAGCUUAGAACAAUUCUUUCUAUCAAAGAACAGAUUGAAGAUCCUCAUCAGUCUGAGGAUUCAUUGGUUGAUUUGCUUCAAAGUCUAGCUGAUAUGGAUAUUACGUUCAAGGCUCUUAAGGAAACUGAUAUUGGAAGGCAUGUGAACGGAUUGAGGAAGCACUCAUCGAGCGAUGUGAGGAGAUUAGUUAAAAUACUUGUCAGAAAAUGGAAGGAAUUGGUUGAUGAUUGGGUUAGGUCAAACAAUCCUGGUGAAGUCCAAUCUUCCAACAAUCUCAUUGCUGACGGAGAGUCUCCUCAGCAAACUGUUUCGAAGAAUCAUCAAAACGGUUAUCACAAUCAGGUUCCUGAUUUUGCUUACUCUCCUAAUCCACACAAUGGAAGUUCUGGAUCCGAUAAGAAUUGUUACGAGGUGGAACCUAAGCGAAAAGCUCCUCUUCCUCCUCCUUGGAGAGAUGCUGCAGCUAGGCCUAUGAAGAGCUCUUCUCCAGCAUCAGUUCCUGCACCCAAUUCUUUUGGUUUUCCUUUCGCAGCUUGGCAUUUUCCAAAUUAUCAAAUUUGAUUUUCGUCGAUUUCGGAGAUUAUUGAUAGCUGUCUUUGGAGGAUGAAUUCAUUUAAAAUUUUAUCGAAAUGUAUUUUCGACUUCAAUAUGCAGGAGGUUGUGGAAACAGUUUGAAAAUUGAAAUGAAUAAAAAAGAAAGAUAAGUUGCUUGAUCCAUUUCUUUGUCUAUUUUUGGGGCACAGUUAAUGGAAAUAAUACCAGAUGAAAGUAGUAAAAUUGUCUGAGUCGCAAAAUUUCAAAGAAUUUAAGUUAUCAAAAUACGAGUUUUUAGAAAAGUAUUCAAAUGAUUUAAGUCGAGUAAAAACUUCGGUUCAAGGGUAAAAUUGGGGGGGUGGGGGGUUGGGGGAAGCAUGUUGAAGGUUAUGUUUGAGCGCAUCAUGAGAGUAUAUUACAUAUCGUGUGAGGGAGUGUGAUAGGGUAUAUAACAUAUUUAGGAGCCACAACCAAGCUGAUGAUUGAACCCAAAAUAUGUUAUACUCUAUGAAAAAUUAAUAUUAAUAAUCUAAACCUUUUCAACCAUCUGCCGUGAAUAAUCUCAUAUUUUGAUUAUUUUUUACUAAUUUAACCUUUGCCUUUAAUUUGCUAUCAGCCUAACUUUUGCCCUUAAUUUGCUAUCAGCCUAACCUUUGCCCUUAAUUUGCUAAUAAUUCAACUUUUCUCUUAGUUUGCUAUCAGCAUACCGUAUUAGUAUGCUAAUAGCAAAUUAAGUGUAAAGGUUGGUUUAUUAAAAAUUAAUCCAAAGAUGGGAUUAUUCACGGCGGAUGGGUGAAAGGUUGGAUUUUUAAUAUUAAUUUUACCUUUACUCUUAUCACAUUGCCGUUUUCACUAUUGAGGAUUUGAGCUAAAAAACUUCUCAUUGGUUUUUAACGAACAACCCCCAUCGGGAUG